UUCUAACUUAAAAGAAUUUCAAUAUAAAAAAUCUACAGACUCUAUAGAGUUAGGCCGCCGGCUGCACCGCGUUAAUAUAAUUGUUCGUGGAAAACCUAAGCCCGGUCGCUCGAGGGACUUGAGGAGUCAAAAAAGGAGGAAGAGUCGAAGCAGCUUGUAGUUAAUGGGAAGCAAGAAGCAAGAAAUCUGGGGAUCGCCGGAGCAAUGAUGAAGUUUUCUCCUCCAUGAGUGAAACCCUUUUGCAACCGAAAGAAGUCAUUAGCUUUCUUAUGUUCUUCUGCAACCCCAUCAUUUCCUUCAGCACCUUCAUCUCCACAUCUCUCAAAUAUGGCUGCUGCAAUACUCAACUCCCCAAACCCACAACAGGCGUUGAGGAUUUUCAACUCAGCUUCGAGAAAUGUGAACCCUGCGAAAACUUUAAAACUCCAUUCAGCCAUCGUUUAUCUUUUAACCGAGGCAAAGUUGUAUGUGAAGGCCAGGUGUUUGAUAGAAGGCCUAAUCGAGAUUUUGAGGAGAACCCGGAAGCCCCACAAAGUGUGUUCCUCGAUUUUCAAUGCGCUUAAGCAUGUUCAGACAUCGGGGUGUAGUCCAAAUGUGUUUGGAGUGCUGAUUGGUGCUUUGUGCGAAAGGGAUCUCGCUGAUGAUGGGUAUUGGGUGUACCGCAAAAUGGGGAAAUUGCCUGCAGUCCAGACAUGCAAUGCGCUUUUGAAUGGGAUUCUGAAGACGGGUCGUGUUGAACUGAUGUGGGAAGUUUACAAGGACAUGGCUUUAAAUGGUUUAUUGCCUAGCUCGGUGACUUAUGGAAUACUAAUAGGUGCUUCUUGUGAUCGAGGGGAUAUUGUGAAGGCUAGAUUGUUGCUUGAAGAGAUGAUUGAGAGGGGAUUAAAACCGACGGUUGUGAUUUAUACGACCCUUAUACAUGGACUAUGCAUAGAGAAUAAUAUGUUGGAAGCAGAAAAAAUUUUCACAAGGAUGCGAGAGUAUGGAGUGGUGCCUAACCUCUACACUUACAAUACUCUAAUAGAUGGUUAUGCUAAGAUGGCGAGUGUUGAAAAAGCUCGCAGGGUUUAUUAUGAAAAGUUGGAUCAAGGAGUGCUGCCAAAUGUUAUUACCUAUAGCAUUCUAAUAUAUUUGCUUUGCAAGAAAGGUGAGCUUGUCGCUUUUAGGAGCUAUUUUGUGCAUAUGGUGAAAUUGAAUGUCAUUCCUAAUGUCUAUAUAUAUAAUUGCUUAAUGGAUGGCUUCUGUGAGGCCGGUGAUCUAUCUGCUGCUAUGGACAUGCAUCUGGAGAUGGAGAUAUUUGGUAUUUUGCCAGAUGUUGUCACGUAUGGAAUACUUAUGAAGGGCUAUUGUAGAAUUGGUAGAGUUGAGGAAGCAGAGAAUUUAUUUUGCAAGAUGAACAAGGAAGGAUUGAUGCUGAACUCUGUCAUAUUCAAUACGCUGAUUGAUGGGUAUUGUAAGAAAGGAAGCAUGGAAAAGGUAGUGGAAAUUUCUUCUCAAAUGAUAGAGAAGGGCUUGCAACUUGAUAUCGCUACAUUUUGUACACUGAUAAAUGGCUAUUGCAAAGCAGGGCAGUUGGCGGCUGCUAUGGGACUUUAUAAUGAAAUGACAAUUAAAGGUUACAAGCUUGAUGUAGUCGCUUAUAGUGCUUUGAUUGAUGGCCACUUCAAAAAUGGUUACACUGAUGCAGCUCUUCAGUUGCACAAAGAAAUGAUGGAUGCUGGUAUAGCUCCGAAUAUUUUCACGAUUAGUUCUGUGAUUGAUGGGUUGUGCAAAGAUGGACAAAUAAAUAAUGCAAUCAAUUUUUUCUUGGAACAAACUACACCUGAAUUUUCUGCUGAAACAGGUCAGGUGGAUAGUAAUCAUAUGGGCUACCGUUCCCUCAAUAACAUUACAUAUUCAAUCUUAAUCAAUGGUUUGUGCAAAAAUGGUCAAACUUUUAAAGCCAGUAAGUUUUUCUCGGACAUGCGAAGCAGUGGGUUACAGCCAGAAGUGUCUGAUUAUGCUGCUAUUAUCCAAGCGCACUUUGGAGCUAAGCAUGUGCUCCCUGUGAUGAUGCUGAAAGCAGAUAUGGUGAAGAUGGGGAUACUGCCAAAUGCAUUCAUAUAUAAGGUACUAGAUAGAGGGUACCAGGAGAUGGCAUACUUUGCAUCAGCUCAGAAGUGUCGUGAUCAUUUAUGGAAUUUAGGUCUGGAUUAUACAAAACUUUCUUUUACACAGUCCCCUGUAUAAUGUAGAUGAUAAUUCUGCAGUGAUUCGUGAAUGCAGAUCAAGUCUAGAGCAGUUGUUACCUUGUGAGAAAUUGCAGUUUGAUUCAUACAAGUGUAAAUUCAAGACGAGAAUAAUAUUCCAAAUUCAAGGGUAUAAGAAAGUAAU